CGGAGGACACGCCUGUGUUUGUAUUGGAACGAGCCCUGUGGAGGUGUAAUCACACCAGGGAGACUCCCUCCACCUCUCUGCACGAUCUGAGAGAAAGGAAACUUGACGCUGCUGCUGCUGCUAUCUAGCACAACUCGUGUGUUUAACUCCAAAAGCUUUCAGUCCUGUUCCUCUUGCAGCCAAGAUGCCAGAAACAGCAGAAGCUGUGUCAGCCACUCUCACCACCAACAGAAACUGCACCGUAGAAAUAUCCAAUGUCAGCAAAUUCUACUGCCUCAUCAACCCCAAGGUGUACAUGUCAAGUGGCUACAACCACCACCCGCCCCAGCCUACGGUUCGCCCCUCAAUGACCGAAGUGUGCUCCUUCGACAAGGACGACAACACCGCCACUGGCUCCGUCGGCCUGCUGACCUACGACCUCUUCCACAUGGCGAACAGGGUAGCCUCGGAGCGCAUGGUCAUCAUGUUCUCUGUGCCCUAUGACCACAACAUCUACAAGAACCGGCUGGCCGUGGGCGUGGUGGAGCAUUCCCGUGCCUGCGACAAAAAUCUGUACGAGCAGAUGUAUGAUGGGAAAGACCUCACUGGCUUCAGUCGCUCCGAGGCACACGGCACUGGGGUGGAGUUUAAAGCUCGAAGCGUUGAUGUGAGGGCUUCAAUGUCUUCUAUUGGCAAAGCCAUUGUUAAAGUGGAGCUCUACGAUACAAUGGGUCGUUAGUUUGUACUUUGUUUUGUACCCAACAGAAUAAAUAUACUUGAUUUGAUUUGACUACUGCUGCAUGUUGACAUCCAGAGACACAUACAGAGGAGAGGAAGACAGAUUUUGCUGUCAUCUGUAUUUUGUGUCCACUGAAAGAUAUCAAUAUCUGACAGCCAGCUCAUUGAUUCUCCAUUAGCUUAUUUCUUGGGCUUAUGUGUAUUGUACACUCCCUUUUUCUUUGAUUAUGGUAAUAAAACAUUCAGACCCGA